UAUAUAGAUAAAUCAUUUGAAAACGUGGAUCUCAUGAAAUGUUUUAGACAUGGAUUUCAUGAAAUAUUUUAGAUAUAUAUAGGCUAGAUGAACAACUUCAGAGUUUCAUAAGGAACAUCGUCCAACUUUUCUGAAAUACAGGCCGAGCAAAAUGGAAACCAGUGCCACAUACGUAUGGGGUACACCUUGGGGAGGUAAAGGUGGAGAAAACGUCUGGCAAUUCAUAAUACCUGAUGGUGGUAGUCUUGCAGGGCUAACUAUUAGUAGUGGAGACGUUGUAAAUUCCAUCCGCUUCGCUUACAAGGAUAAGUAUGGCUUUACGCUUACUUCUCAACACUUCGGUGGCGAUGGUGGCUCAUCUAAUACGAUCACCUUCGCUGAUGGUGAGUUCCUCAUUGGGAUUAGUGGACGUGUUGGAUUUAUUAACAAUUUAACAGUGAUUACGUCAUUGUCUUUUGAGACCAACAAGUACACCUAUGGGCCAUACGGCACAAACCCUGGGACUGAUUUCUCGUUUGGGGUCACAAAUGGUAAGUUUUCCGGAUUUUAUGGAAGGUGUGGGCUUUACGUGGACUCUUUGGGUGUCAUUCUUCAGCCAAAAGCAUGAUAUAUGACACAGCAUGCAUGCUUGUCUUUGAUGGAAACAAAUGUUAAAUGGUCCUUUUUGUUUCGUCUUCUAAAUGUGCUACUUAUAUAAUGUAUUUUAUAUAUUUUAAGAUCGUAUCUGGUUUCUUCAGUGUGACACUAUAAAAAUAAGGUCGGAGUUACAGUUACAAUUACAAUAAGCACCCUUGUGCAUUUGGUUUUUCAUGUACUCCUAUGUAUCCUUUCAUAUAUGUAACUAUAUAAAAAAAUCAAUAUACAGGUAUGCUAUAUGCCUAUAUUUGUUGCUCAA